AUGUCCUCUUCGUCGCCAGAUGCCCAGGCGCUUGCAACCGCCGCCCUUCAUCUAACGGCUGGAAAGUACUUCCAGAUUGCUGCAUUUGUAAUGCUGGUGUAUGAUCAAAUUUAUCGUUGGUAUCGAUGGAUCCUGUAUGGGCCAAAUCGUUGCGAUAGAUUUGUCGCGUUUGAGGGAUCCUCCACAGUUGCAAUGGUAGCAGUCUGCGAAUAUCUGCUCACCAGCACACCAGUGAUCAUGAUUUUACGGGUUUAUGCCCUUUACGGCCGUAGCCGUCUCAUAUUGGCGUUUCUCUCAUUUUUAUGGGUUGUGCAAGUUACGUUAUCGUCCAUCGGAAUGAGGACCGGUUUCGGUUGUAUUUUCUCGAGUGCAAGUCCGCUAUUCCAGGUCAAGAAGGACACCCUUGGACCGUCGGAUUUGAAAGCUGUUGGUGCAUCUUUCAGUCAAUUGAUCACCGCAACCAUGAUAUCCCGGCUUGUCCUCAACUUGCGAUCUCUCUCUUACGUCUCCGAUGGUCACGACGCUGCACUGCUACCUUCACGAAAUAUUGAUACCCACAAAAACGCAUUUGUGGCAAGAACGAUAGUAGGAAAUCUCGGGGAAGACAUGGAAACUUUCCUCGAUUUCAACUAG